AUGAAGAUCUGGACGUCGGAGCACAUCUUCGACCACUCGUGGGAGACGGUGCUGAUGGUGCCCAUGCAGAAGUACCACAACCCCAUGAAUCCCAGCGUGGUGGGCGUGGACAUGCUUGACAGAUACGUGGACACCACAGGGAAGCUGCAUAGCCUACGGCUGCUCAGCACCGAGUGGGGCCUGCCGGUCGUCGUCAAAGCCAUUAUUGGCGUGUCGAGAACCAAAACAUACGUACAGGAGCAUUCUGUGGUCGACCCCGCGGAGAAGACAAUGGAGCUGAAAUCCACUAAUAUUUCAUUUACAAAUCUGGUGUCGAUAGAUGAAAGCAUAUACAAACCACAUCCUUAGAAUCCAGAGAAAACUGUUCUCAUGCAAGAAGCCAUCAUCACCGUGAAGGGCGUCAGCCUCAGCAGCUACCUUGAAGGCUUGAUGGCCAACACCAUCUCCUCGAAUGCCAGCAAAGGCCGAGAAGUAGUGGAAUGGGUAAUUCAUAAAUUAAAUGCUGAGAUUGAAGAACUGGCGGCCUCAACACGAGGAAGCAUUAGGACCCCGAUUGCGGCUGCAGCGUUUGUGGAGAAAUAACAACUGGCCGCAGCA